CCGUCUGAUGUGAUGUUCACCCCGCAACAGCUCCUCGGCAGUGCGGUGGCACGCCGGUAGCUCGGCCUGACGUACCCGUGGGCUCCACCAAUAAAAGUCCAACUUUAUCCAAGUGUUUGGACGGCCCCGAGAUACACCGUUUGUUUCAAACUUGAGUGACCGUCGCUUGGUAGUUAGAGAGAGACCCGGCGUCGUGAUUUACCGUAAAUUUCGUGACGCCUGAUUGCCAUGGAAACAGUGCUCCUGAGCUGAGAGGAAACUGUCCGUGUUAACUUCAGCAUCAACCUCUCCGACGGAGUCGGAUAAACCUGUUGGGUAUCUCACUCUUUAUUUCUUUUCUUGUGUUGCUGCUCUGGCUUUACUUUCCAUUUUAAUUUUGGCCACAAACCAGGUAAGGAUGAUGGAGCUUCAAAUGGAGAAGAGGUUCCACAACUUAACCCUUGAGCAAGUCCAAGCUCUGGACAAGGUCUUGACAGAGGUAAUCCCCAUCCAUGGACGGGGAAAUUUUCCCACACUGCAGGUGAGAGCAAAAGACAUCAUUCGUGUGGUGAAGGACCGGCUGGUCGAAAGAGACAUCCAGGUGAAAGAUAUACGCCUUAAUGGCGCAACUGCUAGCCAUGUCCUGGUGAGAGAGAAUGGCCUGGGUUACAGAGAUUUAGACAUCAUAUUUGGAGUGGAGCUGCCCAGGCAGGAGGACUUCCAGGUUAUUAAGGAGGUGGUGCUGGGAAGCCUACGAGACCUCCUCCCUUGUGGAGUUAACAGACGGAAGAUUACCUGCCUGACAAUGAAGGAAGCCUACGUGCAAAAGAUGGUGAAAGUUUUCAAUGAGCAUGACAGAUGGAGCCUCAUCUCGCUGUCUAACAACAGAGCUAAAACCUUGGGGCUCAGGUUUGUUAGUUCCCUUCGAAGACAGUUUGAGUUCAGUGUGGACUCCUUCCAAAUAAUAUUAGACCGUAUGCUUGAGUCCUACUGGGAGACUGAAAGGAAACAAGGAGGAAAGUUGCCAUUGAAUGCUGGGAAUUUGGCUAAAAGAGACAAUGAGGAUGAAAACAAAGAGCAAGAGCAGCCAAGCGUUCCUCGAGAUAUCGAAGAGGAUAAUGAGAAAGACUUAGCCACGGCACCCGGCAGAGAAAGUCAGUGUCCGGAUGAAGCAGUUUCUGUGCUCGAGAAAGAGCUACCACAUGCAAAGAUUGAGCAUGUAGAUGGAAAGCAUGAGUCACAGCGGGUGUUAGAACCUGAGAGCAGUAACUUAGAGCAGGAGCAGGAGCAGGAGGAAGUGAACGGCAUCGAGGAUGUUCAUUCAGAGGAGGACAUUGUGUUUGAGCUGUGUGAAGAAACCGAAGAGAAAGGACAGUUUCACAGUGACUGCCCUUCAGUUUCAUCCCCUAAAACUUUAUUUACAGAAGUGAGGGAUCCGCUGGUGACACAGGCAUGUUUAAAGCUACAGAGUAAUGACGAGCUAUGUGAGUCACAAGCUUGCCAGCCAGUGUCUAUGAUGCAUAGAGAAAAGUCAGCUCCACAGGAAAUAGUCAAUUGUGAAGAAAUUGCUCAGUUCAAAGUAGACUCUGUAAUCUGCAAGACUGAAAAUACCUCAGACCCACAAGAUUCACACCUUGAGUUCUCCUUCCCUCCUCCUGCCAAGAAAACUUGCAGCACAUCACAGGACGUUGUACCAGACUAUUGCCCCUCACCGAAAUUACAAAGAAAAAUGUCAAGGAAGAUGAUCAGUAAGCCUGAAAAAUGGUCUCUACUGACUGAUUUGUCAGAUCUUACAACACAGCUGUUUCCGCCCAUAGAAAUACCCAAGCCACUUCAGCCUAAGCCUCCUUUACUGGAUAACACUCAAGGUCAUUGCUCAAAAGUACCAGACUCGAAGUCGGAGAACUCUGAAGAUCCAGAUGCUCUAACAGUUCCCACAUACAGUCCAGCCAGUACGCGUCAGGAUGGGAGUGGCUCAAAUGAAACUGUAGAACAAACUGUUAAGCCAAAACACUCAAAGAAGCCCCCUGAUUCAGAGACUCAAAGCCACACGUGUGCAGUGAACAUAGCCACACAGGCUGAGGUUGAUGAGCAAAAACCUGAGCUGACAGACACUGUCCCAAACGGCUCUGGGUCAAGCUCAUGGGCCAGGCCAGCAGGGGAGCCCACCAUCACUGUAGAAGCAGAGUGCAUGUACGGAGACUUUGAACAGGCGAUGGACCACCUUCGCAACCGCCUAAUCGCCACCCACAACCCAGAGGAGAUCCGGGGAGGGGGCCUGCUAAAAUACAGCGACCUGCUGGUGAGAAACUUCAGGCCAGCUAGCGAGACAGAGAUCAAGUCCUUGGAGCGUUACAUGUGCUCCCGCUUCUUCAUCGACUUUCCUGAUGUAAGUGAGCAGCAGCGGAAGAUCGAGGCCUACCUGCAGUGCCAUUUCAUUGGCAACGAGGAGACAAGCAAGUACGACUACCUGAUGACCCUGCGACGCGUGAUAGAUGAAAGCACGGUGUGUUUGAUGGGACAUGAGAGGAGACAAACACUCAAUAUGAUCACAGUCCUGGCCCUGAGGGUGUUGGGCGAGCAGAAUGCCAUCCCCAACACGGCCAACGUUACCUGCUUCUAUCAGCCGGCUCCGUACAUGACAGAGCCGAUUUACAGCAGCUUCUUCAUCACCCAGGCCCAGCCCCCACUCGUCUACCACCCCUACCCUCUACACGUCCACAUGCAGACUGGCCUAGUGUAGCUGCAGUGACAUGCCCACAGGGAGGCAUGUAGGCUUUCAGCAUGGUGCUCUGCACGCAGCGGCACUAAUGGAAGUUUUAACAACAGGCAACCGUGGCGUAGUGUUGUUUAAUGCUUUGAAAUCCCUCCUGCUUAUGACGUGAAAGGUCAUGAAAGGUCAGAACUGAAAGGGGUCUGGAGGCAAAGCACGUCACCCUUUCAAGAUGAAGACUUUUGAAAAGGAAAGAAACGCUAAGAGCCCACUUUUCAGAGGGCUCGGAGAUAGGUUUUCAUUGAAGUGGAGGGACUGUGUUUACUGCCGUUUCAGCUCAUUUUGGGCGGGGAUCUGUACUGGUCCUACUCCCCUGUUGAGGAGAAUAUUGCAAUGUAAUAAUUCUCUAUGGCUACAAGAUUAACUUAUAUAAAACCUAAUCUCAGAAACACCUGUUAGCAACAAAAAUCUUAGUUUGGAUAAAGUUUGAAUAAUGAUAAAUUGUUAACGUUUCCUAGGGGUUAAAAACGCAUAUAGCAGUUUUGUGAAUCAUCAUUCUCUGUAGAGUAAAAUUCAGCACGUGGCUAUACCUGUGUAUUCACUGUAUAGAAAGAGGACACCAAACAUACAUGAGCAGAAUUUGCUGUGGUAUUUCCAUUAUCUCAUAAGUUCCGUAUUGUGAGUGUAAACACCUCAUUUCAAAGGUAGAAACAAGAGAUCCCGGGUCCAGUUCCCUUAGGGAGUGUAUGAAUUUUUUUGGGAUGGUGAAGAGGGCUGAACCUUAUAUUUCACUUUGUAAAAAAAACAAAAAAACAAAGUCCCUGAAAACCGAUCGGCAGUAUUUCUACAAACAUGAAAUAUUCAUGACAAAAUAAAACAGUCUGGAAAAUCAUCUUUAUUUUAUGUUUAUUAACUGGCAACACGAGCAAAAAACCAAACAACUCUCAACAGAGUUUGAGUCAGAUGUUGUGAAAUUCUGAUUGGUUUACAUAAAUACAUGGCCGCCUUAUUCCAACACCACACCGCCCGCUUCAAACCAGUGAGAAAACCACCUACAAAAACAGAAACACAUAAAUCUCUCGUGAAAAAAAAACAAAACGGUUCAAACUUGGGCACAAAAAUGUGCCUUCAUGUAGGAGCUCAUUACUCUUAAUAAAAACCUAAUUGAGGAAGUGUGCUUUCAGGGCCUUUAAUAUUUUCUUUGCACAUAAAAAAAAAUGUAACUAUCAACAGCUGAAAGAGCUCAAAAAUUAAAGCUAAAAGCUGAAAAAUAUUAAAUAUUAAAUAAUAUAUAAAAAUAAUAAAAAUUUAGUGCAUGUAGUCGUACUUUGCACUGUAAUGAUUCAACAUAGUGCUAGAAGUUAUGAACUUGGAACUGUGCCCCUAUCUCCCUGAAUUCAUCCUGCAUUGGACAAAUAAACUCUUAUAUUCCUCAUCAGAGAAACAUCACAAGGAUUUGCCUCCUGAUGGCAAUAUGAAGAAAGCCUUGGCUGUCUUGUCUUCAAUUUUGAAUAAAAUAUAUUCACAAAUCUAGGGUUGUACACAAAGUUGCCAUUUCCAUCUUCAACAGACUGAAUAGACUUUGUGGAUUACAUGGUGACAGUCAUUUGUUGUUGUGGACGUAGUGAAUGUCACUUCUGUCGGGAUUUGGUCUGCCAUUGUGUGCAAAAAUGUUAGUGCACAUUUCAGUUAUUCAAGCAGUCUACGAUGCAGCCAGCAGUUAUGACGCUCUGUCCCUCUAUGUUUGUUUAUUGUGUUUGCAUAGCUACAGUACAUGUACUCAGUAUUUUUUUUUUUAAAAACAAAACAAAAAGAUAAUGUAAGGACAGGUUUGGAUAUGUGGGCUGUUCAGACUAAAUCUGAGACUGAAGCACAAUGUAAAUGCACAUAGCUGUUGUUGACUAAAUAAAGCUUUUCAGACUUGCUUGUAUAGAAUACUGUGUACGGUAGUCCCCUAUGUAGCUUCAAAGUGAUGUAUCUAUCUUGAGACUUUGAGUAUGUUAUGUAUUGUUAAGGAACUGUUUCACCAGUGGAGAAUGUCAAAUAUUCCUGUUAUGAUAUCUAGUUGCUCAGAUUGUUGUGCUAUUGUGAUA